AUGCCAGCGACUCCGGAAGAAUUGGAAGAUGGAGGCGACAAGUCUUUGCGGCCGAGAUUUCUGCAGGAGCGGUCGGCGACAACUGUCCACAUUGCGCCUCAAGUCGUGGCCGAACCUACUCGUGUGCCUCGAUCAAAAGCGAGUGCCUUUCUCUUGGAUGUGCUAGCAAAGUCGAGAGGAAAUGUGACAGUGGAUAAUAGACGCUCACCGUUGGAACCUCUGCGUGCUGGAGUGACCAAUACAGUCCACUACGUUCCUCUGCACGGAGGAGAGCGAGGAGCUCCGCUGCGAAAGGCAGCAAAGAAUCGUCGAAAAUUAUCGACUAAUACGUCGUCAGACUUAGAGGGAAGCGAGAAACUUGACAGAACGAGAGAACGACGUGUUAGUGCGAGUCAGGAGCAGAUGAGUGCGGUUGUUCGAGCUCUUCAAGCGAGUAAACAGCAAAUGCAAGAGCAGCAGGACAUUCUUCAUAGUAUAUUACGCUAUAUCAACUCUAGUACAAGAGACGGCAAAGGGAAGCGACCAGUACUCCAAGAAAUGGUGGACUUGGGGAUCAUACCCGAACUGGCGAGUACUAUGCGUGAGUUCCGCUUUCAUACAGGACUGCAGAUUGGUGUAAUGACGAUUCUGUCGGCUUUAGCGGAGGAAUCAGCGCUAUAUGCGUACAUGAUGAGUGAGAAAACUAUCACUGUCCAUGCCACACAAGACCGCGUUGUGAUGUUGGCGUCAAGCUUGGUUCGAGCGAUUGAGGACUCCAAACACACUGUAAACAUUGCUGCCUACCAAGCGGAGAAGGCAGCAAACGCGAGUCAACAAUCCGCGACGUACACUGACACGGUAGUUGCUGCGAUUACUGCAAAGUCAAGACAAACCCUCUCGUCUCCUUCGCCAAUAGCAAAGUCCUUUCGAAGUUUGAACAGUGCGUCGUCUCAUGAGAAGAGAGGACUCGGAAGCGAGAGAACCGACUUGAGGUACUCAGCAGGGCGCCAACGCUCGGCAUUCUCCCUCGAUGUGGCUCCCCCCGCUCUGAGAUCGAACUACGGCUUGCUGAUCCCACAGAAACUGGUAAAAGCAGGAGCUUUAUCACUAGCGGUCGGCCACGAUAAAAACAAAUUCGGGAAUCAGCACGAUAAAUGUGAUCGUCCGUUGACAAGCUCGACUCGAAAGCCUUUAUCCCUUGAUUUGACGUCUCGAUCCCUCGCGACGGCAAUUUAUUCUGGUAGAGCAAUAUUUGUGGAACCAUCGCCACUAUCGAAGAGAUCAUCAUUCCGAGGAAGCUUCAGUGCCGGAGGUGUGCGAAGAAAACUAAGAGUUUCUAAGAAUAUUCAACGAGCUCACACCGAGCGACUACCUCCAACACAAAUAUUAAGAAAUGAGAGCUCUGCUCCUGGGAAACCCAAAAAAUCACGAACAAAUUCUAUGGAGAUCGAUGACGACGAUAGUGCCGCUAACAAUACAAAAGAAAGGGAAGAUGAGACCUAUGAUGAGAAGAGUCAAGACAGAGAGGAGAAUGGAAUAAAUGAAGAUGGAAAAGAAGAAGAGGAUGAGUCAUAUGAAGACGAUUUUGAUACGACUGGUGACGACGGAGACGAAGACAAGACGUUGCCAAGUCGCCGAGACAGCAGCCAGCUUGCGUCCGAUGGCGAGCUGAUAGACAUGUUGACCGAAAUCAAUGCGGCCACAACUAUACAGCGUCAGGUUCGGGGGCUAUUGGUUCGUCGAGAGUGUGUCCGAAAAACUAAUGCUAGUAGGAAUACUGGUAAACCUAAUAUGCGGUCGGCCCGCGGUGUCAAAAGUGGUAGGUGCGAUGCCAAAACCAAAGGAACCAAAGCAAAGCGCAUGUCGCUCUCAGCUCGUCAAUGUCAACACCAAGGCAGUAGGAAGCGUGAAAGCUUCCAGAGUGGAACUGGUUGUCGGCCGGUGAUACGAGUGAGGCCUGCGACAGCAAUGUCGCCAGCGAGCAAGCAGCUUUUAAAGGCGAAGCAAGGCAGUGAGAGCGAAAGCAUCGGAGCUAAGCAACUAAGUGCAAACGCUAUCAAAAGUCCAGAGAGGCCAUCUCAGCUUGGAGGAUUUUCAAUCGUCUCUACUAGCUCGAAUGAAGUUGAGCCCGAGCAAACAGCGGAAGAUGAUGUUGAAGUGGUGAAAGAACCUGCCGAUCCGGAAUCAUUGAAACAGAUCCAGACAUUGUACGCUGAAGGGUUACAGCACCACAAGGAGAACCACCUCGGUCUUGCCAUCGAUUGCUACGAGAAAGCGUUAGCCCUUCCCGGCGGACACAAUUUUGCCUCGCUGUAUGUGAAUCUCGGAUCUGCUUUGAUGGCUCAGAACAAGGUCUCAGAAGCGCUGGAGUCUUUCAAGCAGGCCAAGCACAUUCAGCCUAAUAACGUCAAGGCUAUCUUCAACUAUUCAGUGGCCUUACUGCACUUGGGCCGACCCAAAGAAGCGCAACACCAGGUACGUCUUCGCCUUUCCUUCGAAGAAUUUUCUUAA